GGCUUUCUCCACACACACUGACCGGACUGUUGCUAUGCCCGUGAAGACACCUGCUCUCACAAACACAGGAAACCAGCACCGGCAGCACCUGACCAACCCCGAGAAGCUUCACUGACCCUCAAACCGUUCGGCAGUUUCUCCUCACCGAAGCAUAAAAGCAAAGGAGAAAGACACACAACCAAACCAUCCACAACACAUUCAUUGCGGGACCAAGAACACGACUAAGCGGUGGCACCAUGAUUGAGAGUGACAGAGAGCUGUCGACCAUGGUGCAGGAGCUGUGGGACAACGACGUCAACAGACUCAAACCGGGGAAAGACUACAGGAUCUCUCUGCAGGGCAAAGCUGGAGACAGCAUGGCCAUCAACGACAACAACGACGGAGCAGGAUAUCCUCUGUUUACAUUUGUCGACGAGAACAUUUUCAAAAAGGAGACUUUUUUAACCUUUAUCUCCCUGCUGGAUAACUAUGAGAGUGACGCUGGCGAGCCAGAAAUUGUAACCCCUGAGGAGGUGGCAGAGAACCACAAGUUCCUGGACUGCAUCAUGCAGACUCCCACUAUGAAGAUUGCUCAUAAAUACCUGGUAGAGAAGCACCUUUCUCCCAAGGACGAGACGCAAUUCAAGGAGCAGCUGUACAGGAUCUGGUUUGAACUUUACGCGAGGAGAGGAUCCAGCAGACCGGACUCUUCAGGGUUUGAACACGUGUUUGUCGGGGAGACCAGAGGAGGCCGGACUGUCAUUGGUUUUCACAACUGGAUCCAGCUCUACCUACAAGAAAAACUGGGACACAUUGACUACAAAGGCUACAGUGUUAACGCCAACUCACCUCAGCCAGACGAGAACAAACACAUCCUGGCGCUACAGUUCAGCUGGAAGAACGGUAUAAAGCCUAAGGGCAGCAUCUUCAUCGGCGUCAGUCCAGAGUUCGAGUUCGCCCUCUACACUCUCUGUUUCCUCACCUCGCCCAACGAGCGGGUUAAAGUCCAGUUCAGUUUUUAUGACGUGGAGAUAGUUUGCCACCACUACAACCAAAAGCACAUAGGCACCACCUACCCUGUGCUCCUCAGGUACCAGAACCCAAAGUAGCUCGACUGAUCGAGCUGAGAUGUAGCUUCUCCAACAACGGAGGUUGCAUUUAACAGGAAUUGUUGUUGUCUUUUUAUUUUAGAUAAAGAUACAAUAAAACCUUA